CGGAGCGACAGGUCUCGGGCCCUCAGGCGGAGCGGCAGGCGCCGGACCCCCAGGCGGAGCGACAGGUCUCGGGCCCUCAGGCGGAGCGGCGGGCGCCGGACCCCCAGGUGGAGCGACAGGUCUCGGGCCCUCAGGCGGAGCGGCGGGCGCCGGAUCAGGUACCGGAUCAUCUGGAUCAACAGUGGGCAUCGAGUCAACUGGCCUAAUAGGAUCAGAGGCAUCAGGCCGAGUACAGGCAUCAGGCCGAGUACAGGCAUCAGGCCGAGUACAGGCAUCAGGCCG